AUGUUUAGGUUUAGUUUAGCAAGUAGAAUAUUAGGACAAUAAAAUACAAAAUUGUUUGAUGUUAGAAAGUGCACUUUUUCUGAGUUAAAGGAGAAAAAAGACAUGAUCAAUUCUUUUUAGGAAUACAAACCAAUAGACAAAUAGAAAACAGUGGUAGUUGAAGAAAAAGAAUCAUUUUUGGAAGAUGUUUAAGAGUUUAGAGACAAAGUAAGUUUGCGUUUAUUAUUUGCUUUUAAUUCUAAAAUAAUUUUGAAGAAAAGAUAAAGAAUAAAGGAGUGGAAAGUUGCUUUCAUCAUUGCUUUCAUGUACAUAAAUUUAUUCUAUUGUAAAGAAGUACUUCUAUUUCCUUUCCUAAAAAAUAAGCCUUGGUCUUAUUGA